AUGCCGGAAGUUCUCUCGGCGGAGGCACCCGCCUCCACCAAUCCACAUGCACCAUUUUCUCUCGCUUUUGACGUGCUCAUGAAUCGCGCUUUUAUUCGUUUGUGUACCGGUUCGGCGGGUUUGCGCCCGCCUCGCACAGUACAAGUUUUUGCGGAGCGCGGUGGACGGCGGGUGAAAGAAAAGGUGGCGAAAAUGCUCGAGCUCAAGAAAAAACUUGGCGAAGAGCAGAAACCCGGGAAGUUUGUGAUCAAGUGUCCUAAGGGUACUCGCGACUAUGGGCCCAAAGAAAUGGCUGUUCGAGAGGCCGUGUUUGGCACAAUAAUUGAAUCGUUUAAGCGUCACGGAGCUGAAACAAUUGACACCCCUGUCUUUGAGCUUCGAGAUGUUUUGUUGUCGAAAUACGGAGAAGAAGGUGGAAAACUUGUCUACAACCUUGAGGAUCAAGGCGGCGAACUUUUAAGUAUGCGUUACGACUUAACUGUGCCUUUUGCCCGUUAUUUGGCUAUGAACAAAAUUAGUAACAUUAAACGUUAUCAUAUUGCAAAAGUUUAUCGACGGGAUCAACCUGUGAUGACAAGAGGGAGAUAUCGAGAAUUUUAUCAAUGUGAUUUUGACAUUGCGGGUGAAUAUGAAAAGAUGUUGCCGGAGGCUGAAUGUUUAAAGAUAGUCGAUGAAGUGUUAAACAAAUUGGAUGUUGGAAAUUUCUAUAUCAAGGUCAACCAUCGAGUAAUUCUUGAUGCUAUGAUGUCGGUGAGCGGAGUCCCAAAGCAGCAAUUCAAAACUGUUUGUUCGUCGAUUGACAAGUUGGACAAGGAGCCUUGGGAGAAAGUCGAAAAGGAGUUAAUCGAUGAAAAAGGACUGACAAAAGAAGUGACCCAGCAACUUCGGAGAUUUGUUCUUUUCCGAGAAGAAGCCACUGAUCUUGACGACAUUCAAACGCUAGAUAAAAUGAUGGAAAUUGAAGCUCUAAGAACAAAUGCGGACUUUAAAAAAGGGACAGAAGAACUAAAGGUUCUCUUCAACUUCUUGUCGUUGUAUGGUGUAACAUCUGCUCGUUUUGAACCAUCAUUAGCUCGAGGUCUGGACUAUUACACCGGUGUCAUCUACGAAGCGGUCGUUGAGCCAAGCGAGGAAGUACGCAAAACUAUUGCUGAGGGUGCCGCAAAAGAAAACCAGGACAGUGGGGAGGCGUCGAUAGAAGGGCAAGGUCUUCCCACUGGCGUUGGGUCUGUGGCUGCCGGCGGGAGAUACGAUGAAUUGGUGAAGGGAUUUUCUGGUAAAAAGGACUCGGUGCCUUGUUGUGGAGUUUCUUUUGGUAUUGAACGUCUUUUCGCAAUUCGUGAAGCGCAAUUAAAGUGCAAAGAUGUCCCUAUGAGAACUGUAGCGACGGAAGUCUACGUUGCUUCAGCACAAAAGAACCUACUUGAAGAGAGGAUGAAACUAUGCCGAUCCUUGUGGGAUUCAGGAGUGCGGACCGAAAUGGCUUACAAGAGAAAUCCGAAGCUGUUGGACCAAAUUCAAAACUGCGAGGCAAAACAGAUUCCACUGAUGCUCAUUGUUGGUGAGCGGGAACUACAAGAAGGCGUUGUGAAGCUACGCUACAUUAAGACUCGAGAAGAACAAGACAUUCCACUUGCAACUCUUGUUGAGUCAAUCAGAGAAGCCUUGCUCAAAGCU